AAAAUCUCUAAACCGGCGUACAACGUACAUACAUAUAUGCUUUUAUCAUAUAUGUAGUAAGACUUGUAGAGAGGCAAAAGAGAAAAAGAAAAAAGAGAGAGAGAAAAUGCAAGGAGACAAAUCAAAUGACAUUUACAGAGAGUGUUUAAGGAACCAUGCAGCCAGCCUUGGCAGUUAUGCCACUGAUGGCUGUGGAGAAUUCACACUUGAUGACACCAACACUUCACCCGGAGGCAGCACCAGUUUAAACUGUGCUGCCUGCGGCUGUCACCGUAACUUCCACCGCAAGUUCAGUUGCGGUGGAAGUUACAGCAACAACAGUAGCCGCGAUGAUAGAGAAAUCAUCGCGGCUCAUGAUUACCGUCUGGCGACUACUGAAGAGUCGCCAGCGGUGUCAGAGAGGAGCGGUAAGAAGAGGUUUAGGACGAAGUUUACGGGAGAUCAGAAGGAGAAAAUGCUGGCAUUUGCGGAGAAAUUGGGAUGGACGCUGCAAAGGAAAGAUGAGGAAAACGAGACUGAGAGAUUUUGCAGAGAGAUAGGGGUAAGUAGAAAGGUGUUUAAAGUAUGGAUGCAUAAUCAUAAGAAUAAUUCUUCCUCUGUAUCCAGUACUGUUACUGGCAAUAAUGCAUCAUCUCUUACUCAAUAAAAAGUCUAAUUUUAAUUUUUUAA